AAUAUCCUCCACACGCGGAGAGCGGAGAGUGUAACAGAGCAGAAAUGGCGUCUCAACUCUGUUCCCAUUAUUCUGCAACGGUGGCCUCAGCUUUCCCGCUCUUCUCUUCACCACGCUCCAAAUCUUCCCCAACCCAUUCCAAAUUGGAGCCAGCCAGGUUUAAUUUGAGAUGCAGCUUGGGUGAUGAGAAUUGCUCUCCCUCAGACCAUUCAUCACAACCCAGUGAUAAAGUGGGUUUGGAAACAUCAAUUUCACGACGCUUGUGUCUGACUUGUUUAUGUUCAACAGUAGCACUGAUAAACAUUUCUAGCAGUUCUGUUUCUGGACCUAAGGCAAUUGCUUCAGAAGCAAAGGAGCGAGCUGUUUGUCGGAAUUGUGGGGGUAACGGAGCAGUCAUUUGUGAUAUGUGUGGUGGUACAGGAAAAUGGAAAGCUCUCAACAGAAAACGGGCGAAAGAUGUUUACGAGUUCACUGAGUGUCCCAAUUGUUAUGGUAGAGGGAAACUCGUGUGUCCUGUAUGUUUAGGGACUGGUUUGCCCAACAACAAAGGUCUGCUCAGAAGGCCAGAUGCUAAACAACUGCUUGACAAGAUGUAUAAUGGUCGCUUGUUGCCGAACUCUUAGUUAACAGUGGAAUUACAGAGUAACAAGUUGGUGGAAUGGCACACAACUGAGGGCAAACGGCUGUGGAUAGAGUAGAUAUUGGUUGUUGCACUUUGAACAUGACCUCUUGAGAAACUAUAUGUUCUCUCCUGUGUAUCCCGAUUUUGCUACAGUUUUGGCUUUACAUUUGUAAUUUAUUUUUCUCUAAUAUUUCAAGCACGUCGGUGUAAAUAAACUGAUCUUUCCUGAGGCUUUUCAUAAAUGUAGAGAUGUGUCUUUUAGUUUCUAAAAUUGCUGCAGGCUGUAGACUCCCUCUUGUUAUUAAGCUUUGUAAGCUUUCUAGA